AUGCUAGCAAGACCAGUAACAUCCAGAACUAUUGGGAGAGUUCCACUGAUGAAUCUGUUAGGCAAGAGAAGUUAUGUAGACCCUGCAAAGAACGAAAGACCAGAACCAGACGUGAUCCUGAAGCGGAUUGCAUCUUAUGUGCAUAAAACUCCAAUUGAAUCUCCAUUGGCAUUCGAAACCGCCAAACUCUGUCUACUAGACACGCUGGGUUGCGGAUUGGCCGCUUUGAAAUACGAGCAGGCUCGUAAUAUUAUCAAGCCCAUAGUUCCUGGAACGACUGUACCCAAUGGAACAAGAAUUUUGGGUACUGGCUAUGAGAUGGACCCUGUAAAGGGCGCCUUCGCCAUCGGAACACUAAUUCGCUGGUUGGACUAUAACGACUGUUGGCUGGCAGCCGAAUGGGGUCAUCCAUCGGAUAACUUGGGAGGGGUUUUGGCAGUUGCUGAUUAUUUGACGAGGUUGUCUAACGCUACUAAUGGUGAUGAGGGCAAACAGUUUCUUGUUAAAGAUGUCUUAGAAGGUAUGAUCAAAGCUCAUGAAAUUCAAGGUGUCAUCGCUCUGGAAAAUUCAUUUAAUAAAGUUGGUUUGGAUCAUGUUGUCUUAGUCAAAGUUGCGACAGCCGCCGUUGUCUCCAGGAUGUUGGGCUUGAAUGAAAAUCAAACUAUCGAAACGAUUUCCCAGGCAUUUGUCGAUGGCCAAUCAUUGAGAACUUAUAGACAUGCACCGAACACCGGUUCAAGAAAAUCCUGGGCCGCUGGUGAUGCAGUGUCGAGGGCAGUGAACCUUGCCUAUCUGGUCAAGAACGCUAAUGUUGGAACUAUUCCCUCGGUUCUAACGGCGAAAACAUGGGGAUUUUACGAUGUUCUUUUCAAAGGUAAAGCUUUCAGUUUCAAUCAAAGAAGUGACUUUGGCUCAUAUGUCAUGGAGAAUAUUCUUUUCAAAAUAUCUUUCCCAGCUGAAUUCCAUUCCCAAACAGCAGCUGAGGCAGCUAUCAAAGCUCAACAGAUUCUGAAAAAUACCGGUAAGUCAUACAAGGACAUUAAGUCGAUUAGAAUCAGAACACAGGAGGCCGCUGUAAGGAUUAUUGACAAGAGCGGCCCAUUGUAUAACUAUGCUGACAGAGAUCAUUGUAUUCAGUAUAUGAUAGCAAUUCCACUAAUACACGGGCGCCUGACAGCAGAUGAUUACACGGACGACGUAGCCAAGAACCCAGCGAUAGAUGAGUUAAGAGCCAAAAUGUACUGUGAGAAAGACGAACAGUUCACUGCCGAUUAUCACGAUCCCCAAAAGAGGUCUAUCGCCAAUGCACUUUUGAUUGAGCUGAACGAUGGCACUACCCUAGAUGAAAUUGUGGUCGAAUAUCCGAUUGGACACAAAUUUCGUAGGUCAGAGGGAAUCCCGCUCUUGAUGGAAAAGUUCCAAAGACAUGUGGAAGAGCACUUCGCUCAAUCCCCAGAAAAAGGUCAGAAGAUAAUACAUGCAAGCAACGACCCUAACUUUUUACAAAUGCCAAUCAAUGAAUACGUCGAUCUUUUCUGGCACAACAAGUAG